AUGUCAUUCAGAUUUUUAAAUCUCUUCGACGGCAAGAUUUUCCGCGACACCCUCGAAACAAGAUACAUGGCCAUUAUGCAUCCCCUCAAGCACCGUAUGUCCCGCAAGCGGACGGUAAUUAGUCUAAUUUUAAUUUGGAGCAUCUCGUCCGCACUGGCGACCCCGUGCCUUUUAUAUUCCACAACGACAUCACGCAGAUAUUCGAACGGUACAAGCAGAGUCUCCUGUUACUUGUUGUGGCCCGACGGCGGGUAUCUGCAUAGUAAAACGGAAUAUACCUACAAUCUCCUAUUCCUGGCUGUAACGUAUCUGAUUCCUAUGACAGUGAUGAGUGUGUGUUACGCGUUGAUGGGUCGGGAGUUAUGCGGCUCUAGAUCUAUCGGCGAAGUCACUCAUAACCAGAGGGAAUCGAUGAAAUCGAAACGCAAGGUCGUGAAAAUGUUCAGCAUAGUGGUGACAAUAUUUGCAGUGUGCUGGUUGCCAUAUCAGGGAUUCUUCAUUUUCGUGUACCAUUAUCGUCACAUCGCGGAGAGUAGUUACGUUCAACACAUAUACUUAAGCUUUUAUUGGCUCGCCAUGUCCAACUCUAUGGUCAACCCGAUCAUAUAUUACUGGAUGAAUAACAGGUUUCGAGUUUACUUUCAAUUAGUAAUCUGUAAGUGCUGUCGUGCGAUAGGUCAUACGAACGCGAGAAGCCGCGAAAUGCAGGAGCUGACGGGAUUUCAACGUUCGGUGGCCUGCAAUUCGGGUCGUUACAAAUCGACCUCCAUCAAGUGGCGGCAGAGCAUGGCGGAGAGCCAGGUACAUACAUUCAGGGUGAACUCCCGAACGAUGUGUGAGAAACUCCAGUCUAAAGAGGAUAUCUCUAUAAUCUGAAUGAAGCAUUAGCUUAAUCGUGCGUCUCGAGAACGACGUAUCCGUACCGUCGUUAGAAUCCAUGUCGCGGCAUCGCCAGAGCUCCUCAUGACCUCUACGUGAGUUACACGACGGCGAGAGAAAACGAGAGAGAGAGAGAGAGAGAGAGAGUGUGUGUGUGGUAAUAAUAAUCGGAAUGCAAUGCAGCUCUGAUCGUACAAUCGCUGAAUGGCCAAUAACAAUAAGUUAACAAGUCGAUCUGAGCUAAAUAAUAGCUCACCUCCUCGAUUUUUAAAAGAUAUAUUAUUUUCUUACUGAUAAAUGUAAAGCUGACGCGUGCGGAUGUGUAUAAUAUGGAGAAAGUUCGAUGUUAUCUAUAAUGUUUGAAUGUACAUCGCAAUGUAACUGUAUAAAUAUUAACAUAUACACGCAUACAUGCAUCUUGUACAUUCGCGACAACAUUAUGUUAUU